AUGGGCGUCCCUGCUUUCUAUCGCUGGGUGCAGGAAAAGUAUCCAAAAUGUGUCGUUGAUUGUGUCGAGAGUCGUGCCGUAGUGCUUGAUGGAGAACGUCACUUUGAGCUUACAGAUACGACAGGUCCGAGUCCAAACGGGUUUGAAGUGGACAAUUUAUACGUGGACAUGAAUGGUCUCAUCCAUCCGUGCGCUCAUCCAGAGAACGGUGAGGCUCCCAAGACCGAAGAAGAAAUGUAUCGACGUGUUAUGAAUUACGUGGAUCGUCUGGUUGCUGCUGUGCGUCCACGUCGUGUCUUGUACUUGGCUAUUGACGGGGUCGCUCCUCGAGCCAAAAUGAAUCAACAGCGAGCUCGUCGUUUCCGUUCAGCACAAGAAGCUGAACAACGUAUGGAAGUGGAGAAAGAAGCACUUGAAUAUAUGAGUGCAUUGGGUCACAAAGUGCCUACGAAACAGGAGAAAGCCUGGGAUUCCAACGUCAUCACACCUGGUACUAAAUUCAUGGCCAAAUUGGCCAAAUAUCUGCGAUUUUAUAUCCGAGAUCGAGUGAAUAACAAUGCAGCAUGGAAGAGCAUUAAGAUCAUUCUGUCGGAUGCAGGAGUACCUGGAGAAGGAGAGCAUAAAUUGAUGCAGUACAUUCGUGUGCAACGCUCGCAGCCUGGCUAUGACCCAAACCAGCAUCAUGUAAUCCACGGUCUUGAUGCUGAUCUCAUUAUGCUGGGACUUGCUACUCACGAAGUCAAGUUCUCCAUCUUGCGUGAAGAAGUGCUUUUUGGAAAGCAAAAGUACGAGAAGGAACGUCAGAAGGAGCAGCAGAUGGUGCUAGAUGCCAAUGGAACGACGUUGAGCAAGCGGAAACGUGGAGAGUUUGGAGAACAUAACGCGGAUCUAGUUGCAUCGGAUUUGAAGCCUCUGCAGUACCUGCACAUUGCUACUUUGCGCGAGUAUCUUCAGAUCGAGUUUGAACCUUUGUCGCAUAUCCUGCCCUUUGAGUAUGACUUUGAGCGCAUUGUCGACGACUUUGUUUUUUUGUGUUUCUUUGUUGGUAACGAUUUUUUGCCGCACCUACCGUCGCUAGAUAUUCGUGAUGGCGCGCUGGACUUUUUGAUCUUAAUUUACGCAAAACUGUUGCCAGCCAUGGGAGGAUAUCUCACUGAUGGUGGUCAUGUGAAUCUGUCUCGCGUUGAUGUGAUCCUCGCUGAGGUUGGUCAAGUUGAAGACGUGAUUUUUCAGCGUCGUGCGCUUAAACAGGCAGAGAACGAAAGGAUACGGAAGUCUCGCUUGUCGAAUGAGAAGAAGGACCAGAUUGCUGCUGCGGCAGCAAAGGACUCGGCUGUCGAGAUCCUGAAAAAACGCCGUAUCGAUAAGGAAACUAUUGCUGCGGACAAAAAAUAUGGCGGCUUGACACCAGAAGAAGCCGUAAAAGCGCGUGUGAAAGAGAGCGUCGAAAACAAAUUGGAAAAGUAUCGUGAGGAGGUUCAAGAUGUUGUGCGUCUGGGUGAACCUGGUUGGAAGACUCGAUAUUACAGCGACAAGCUGAAGGCAGAUGACAUCGAGGUUGGUGGUGGACGUGAGCGCGUCUUCCAAGCCUAUAUUGAGGGCCUAUGUUGGGUGAUGCGAUACUACUACACAGGCUGCGCUUCGUGGCAGUGGUUUUACCCCUUCCACUAUGCUCCAUUCGCGUCAGAUUUGCGCAACAUCGACCGCUUUGAAAUUACGUUCGAAGAGGGUCUCCCGUUCCACCCUUUCGAACAACUGAUGGGUGUGUUCCCUGCAGAUAGUGGUCACGCCAUUCCGAAGCCGUAUCGGUGGUUGAUGUCCGAUCCAAAGUCUCCCAUCAUUGACUUUUACCCGAAGGAUAUUCCGGUUGACCCCAACGGCAAAGCAAUGCCAUGGUUGUGGGUAGUUCUGCUGCCAUUUAUCGACGAGAGUCGUUUACUAAAGGCCAUGGAGGAGCCAAACCAAAAGUUGACGGAAGCCGAAAAGAAGCGAAACACACGUUUUGGCAAAGAGGUGGUAUUUUUCCAUUCUAAGUGCCCAGUGACCAAAAAUCCACCGGCCGUGGAACUCGCAGAGGCACUAGUCGAUCCUAGGUUGUCACAGUCGUUCAACGGGGUUCUCAUUUACAUUGAAGCGCUCUACUUCGUUAUCGGCGGAGUUGUGCCGAGCCCAGAAAAGGCUCAGAGACAUUUAGUGGACAUUCCAAACAACCAGUGUUACAGCUUCCAGUACCGCCUACCGCCCACGCUGCCGCAUGUAUCGAAGAUCCUGGACGCUGCACAGUCGCCCAGCCCUGUUCUGAUUACCGAAAACGACAGACGAAUUACUAUUCCGUUCUUUGGCAAGGCAAACAUCAACAUUGUGGAUUUGGCUGGUGAUGCAUCGAAUCACACUAAUGUACGCCAGAACUACAUGUCGCGCCACAAUGGUGGUGGUGGUCGCGGUGGAUACGGAGCUCGUGGUGGAUUCAGUGGUCGUGGUGGCGGUGGUCGCGGCUACGGUGGCCAGCAGGGCCACCACGGAUAUCAACAACAAGGAAAUCAGCGCUUUGUGAACAACAACCUGAACGUGGAUCGCUACGGUGGCCCUCCUCAGCAGCAGCAGUACAACCAGUACAGCAGUAAUGGCAAUUGGGGUUCACAAGAGCCACGGAAUAAACGUGGGCGGUACGGUGACUCAUACAACCAGAACAACGGAAGCCAGUCAUACGGUCGGCCAAGCUCGGACUACCGUGGUGGCUACAACGGCAAUGGCGGCCGUGGGUACCAGGGUGGCUUUAGCGGUCGAGGUGGACGUGGUGCUCCCAUUCAGUCAGCAUUUGGAGGUAAUUUGCAGCCAGCUCAAGCAUAUCCUUCGAAUCACAUCGGAUCUGCACCACCGCCACCUCGAGGCCUUGAGGCUUUAAAGGCUGGACUACGCAACAUGCAUCAGCAACGCCAAAAUGACCCAAACGGUCCACCCAAAAGUGAUGCCAGUCGCUAUGACCGCUAA